CGAUUCUUCAGUCUGGACUCCAUCGAUGCUUUCCGGUUUGACGAGUAGAGUCUGCUGAGCAGUGCAUGGCUGAGUUGUGGAGCUUCACAACAAUUUAAAGCUGACAGUCAGACAGCAUGGGUCGCCGCUCCUCUGAUAGUGAGGAUGACAGUCGGAGCAAGAGGAAGAGAAAGCAGCGUCGCCGGUCAUCCUCCUCCUCCUCUUCUUCGUCCUCAUCCUCCGGCAGCAGGGUGGCCAGCAGCCGGAGUCGGAGGUCCAGUCGCCGGAGCCGCUCUCGCUCCAGAGACAAGGACAGAGAUAGGAGGAGGAGAAGACGUUCCAGCAGCAGUUCAUCUCACAGUUCGUCUCGCAGGAGGAGGAGUCGCAGCGCAGACAGAGACAAAGGGAGGAGCCACCGCUCGCACAGGUCACGCAGCCGAGACAGGAGGUCUCACUCUCGCCACCGGCGCUCUCGUAGUAAAAGCAGCAGCCGCAGCCGGCGAGGGACCCAGAGCCGCAAAAGGAGCAGCAGCCGCAGUCGCCGGAGGAGCCGCAGCUACAGCAGGGAGCGGGACCGGAGCCGACGCAAGGGCCGCGACCGGGAGAGGGAGAAAGAGAAGGAGAGGGACAGAGGGAGAGACAGAGACAAGGACAGAGAGAAGGACAAGAGUAAAGACAAAGGAGACAAAAAGGGGGAUGCCGCGAACAUCAAAGGAAGAUUAGAACAUCUGACUCCAGCGGAGCAGGCUAAAGUUCGAAUGCACUUGGUCCUGCAGGCUGCUGCUAAGACGGACGAGGUGCUGAAGGCCAAAGUGGCCAAGAGAGAGGAGGAGGCCCGGAAGAAACUAGAGGAAGAGGGAACUUCUCUGGAGGAGCAAGUGCGAAGGAUAAAGGACAUUGAGGCCAUCGAGAGUGAUUCCUUUGUUCCUCAGGCUUUCAAAUCAUCCAGGGAUGAUAUAAAGACUGAGCCUGUUGAGGUGAAGCAGGAGUCAGAGAGCGCGUAUUCUCAGGACGUCUCUAUUCCCAUUUCCAUAGUGUACAAUGACAGUGAUACGCUCGCCCAUCCCAGUUUGUUCAUGGACAAGGAGAGGGCAGAGGAGCUGUGGCACAACAGACUGAUCUCGCUGCGGCAGGAGAGGCUUAUGGGAAGUCCUGUAACCUGAUGGACAUCAGAAGAUCCUCACUUUCAGCUGUUUUUAUUGUGUCUCAAUCUGCCUUGUUAUCGGACAUCACAAUGUUUCUUACUUAUCCUUCCACUGAUUUAUCCUUCCUGUUAUACAAACUUGUGAGAACUGGAGCAAAUUAAAAGUUUGUGCACAUGAUGUGUUUAUUAUUUCAUUAAUGUAAAUGUAAUUCAGUUAAUUGAUUUGCUGUUCUUAAUUUGGCUUUGUUUAUAUUUAAUGAGGGAAGGAUCUUAUAGACAGAUAAGAUGUGUUUUACCAUGUAGAUAUAGCAUUUGAUACAUUUUGCCUUUUGUAAUCAACCUGGUAAUAAAGAUAGAUGUGAUUUUUUUUUUUGCAGAAAA